GCGGCCAUGGACGUGACCGGGCCCGAGACCGACUGGCGCAGCACCAACUUCCGCCAGAAGCUCGUCAGCCAGAUUGAUGAAGCUAUGAGGAAAGCUGGUGUUGCUCAUAAUAAAACUAGCAAAGAUAUGGAGAGCCAUGUGUUUAUGAAGGCCAAAACAAGGGAGGAAUACCUUUCUCUUGUGGCCAGACUUAUUAUCCAUUUCCGAGAUAUUCACAAUAAGAAAUCUCAAGCUUCAGUCAGUGAUCCGAUGAAUGCCCUGCAGAAUCUGACGGGGGGUCCCACGGCAGGGGCACCUGGGAUGGGCAUGGCUUCCCGAGCUCAGGGAGCACCAAUGGCUGGCAUGACAGGCCUUGGUCCUAUGGCACAGCAGAUGAGUCUCCCAGGGCAGCAGCAGCCCCCUGGAACCUCAGGGAUGGCCCCUCAUGGGAUGCCUGGUGUCUCUACAGCUACUCAGCAGACCCAGCUUCAGCUUCAGCAGAUUGCCCAGCAGCAACAGGGUGAUUGCAUUUGGAAAACUCAGCAACAGCAGCAGCAGCAACAGCAGCAGCAGAUACCACAACAGCAGAUACAGCAGCAGCCACCUCAGCAAGUCAUGCAACAGCAGAUGCAACAGAUGCAGCAGCAACAGCAGCAGCAACAGCAGCAGCAGCAACAACAACAACAGGUUGCUCAGGCACAACAGCCUCAACUCCCACCACAAUCCCAGCCUCAGCCCCAGCCCAUGGUGUCUCAACCUCAGGCAAUCUCAGGACAAAUUCCUGGUCAGGUUAUGCCUGUUACUCUCACACCACAGCAGUUAAAAGCUAUGCAGGUAAGAGCUCAGCUGGUCCAACAGCAGCAGCAGCAGGCAGCAGCAGCAGUGCAAGCAGCUCAGGCCCAGGCUGCUCAGAUGGGAGCUUCAGGGCAGAUGAUCACCGCACCUAUGGCCCGAGGUGGGAUGCAAAUCAGACCACGGUUCCCGCCCUCCACCGCGGUGUCUGCUACAGCACCAAGCUCCAUGCCCUUGGGCGGACAGCAAAUGCCACAGGUCAGCCAGAACAAUAUUACCAUGAUGUCAUCCCCAUCUCCUGUCCAGCAAGCUCAGACACCCCAGUCCAUGCCUCCCCCACCACAGCCACAGCCAUCUCCUCAGCCAGGCCAGCCAACUUCUCAGCCAAACUCAAAUGUCAGCUCUGGCCCUGCUCCAUCACCCAGCAGCUUUCUCCCCAGUCCAUCUCCACAACCAUCACAGAGCCCAGCAGCUGCACGAACACCUCAGAACUUCAGUGUCCCAUCCCCAGGUCCUUUAAACACUCCAGGAAAUCCAAAUUCUGUCAUGAGUCCAGCCAGUUCUGGGCAGUCAGAGGAGCAACAGUAUCUGGAAAAACUCAAACAACUAUCAAAAUACAUUGAGCCACUCCGGAGGAUGAUCAACAAGAUAGAUAAAAAUGAAGACAGGAAGAAGGACCUGAGUAAAAUGAAGAGUCUCUUAGAUAUCCUGACUGACCCUUCCAAACGGUGCCCCCUGAAGACACUGCAGAAAUGUGAAAUUGCUCUGGAGAAGCUGAAAAAUGAUAUGGCUGUGCCUACUCCACCACCUCCCCCCGUGCCCCCUACCAAGCAGCAGUACUUGUGCCAGCCCCUUCUGGAUGCUGUUCUGGCCAACAUCCGCUCGCCAGUGUUCAACCACUCGCUGUACCGCACGUUCAUGCCGGCCAUGACGGCCAUUCACGGCCAGCCCAUCACGGCCCCCAUUGCUUCCCCUCGAAAGAGGAAGUAUGAAGAGGAUGAAAGACAGACCAUACCAAAUGUCUUACAAGGAGAAGUUGCAAGAUUAAAUCCUAAAUUCCUGGUGAACCUGGACCCUUCACACUGCAGUAAUAAUGGCACAGUUCAUCUCAUAUGCAAGCUAGAUGACAAGAAUCUUCCAAAUGUCCCACCACUCCAGCUCAGUGUCCCAGCAGACUAUCCAGAUCAGAGCCCUCUGUGGAUAAAGAACCCCAGACAGUAUGCAGCCAAUCCCUUUUUGCAGUCAGUCUAUCGCUACAUGACUUCAAAACUCUUGCAGCUGCCAGACAAGCAUUCAGUCACAGCUCUCCUGAACACCUGGGCACAAAGCAUCCGUCAGGCCUGUCUCUCUGCUGCAUAACACCUCACCCCCUCAAUCAUCAAGCCACAAAAGUUCUCAACAGCUGGCCUCUUCCACAAGCCACUGCAAAACCACAGUGUGGGGAGGUUACUGCAGAAGAAAGCAGCCUUAUGUUGUUUUGUUUCUAGGCUGUCAGGUUCAGUAGAGAACCUGAUGUUAGACUUAGCUUUCAUGCUUUCUGUCUUCUGCCUCUGUGGACUUCUGCCAGCAUUUUCAGAUAUACAAAAUGUGUAUAUAUGGUUCUCAAGACUGUAUUUAGGAUGAGUUUUUAUUGUCUUCUUAGAGAAGAAAUUAUUUGUGGACUUCCAUCAGGGAGUCUGGUAUAAGAGGGGGGGGGGGUAGGGAAAAAUGUCCUAAUUUGCUUCAAAAUUUGCUCAGUGCCAGUAUUUCUUUCACACUGUAUGUUUUGUGACCUGAUACUGCCCCAGAAAUAAAUGAGCUGCAACUCAAAUGUGCUUGCAAACUUCCCAGUGGGUGCAGGAAAUCUUUUUGACUGUUGGUUUUGCCCAGAGAUAGGAUAAAUUGCAUCCUUUUAAGGCAUCCCUCAAAUAUGCAAGGUAAAUCUGAUAAUUAUACUUGGGGGUGGGAAUGUGGAACCAAGCAGAGCAAAAAAUGUAUUUUAUAGUUUAUUUUAAAUGCAACUUUGUAUAAAGGGUUUUUGGUUAGCAUGGACCAUGUUUCUCACUCCAAGAGAAAGGCUGAUAAGAAAGAAGAGAUGCUAAAAUGCACACUGACAUCCUCUAUAAAUUCAGUAAAUGUGUGUAAAGAUGGGGAAACCAACAGUAGAAAGGCCAAGUGACACAAAUCAAAGCAGCAGGUUUGUAGCUACAUUUCUUCUUCUGGCUUCCAGUGAGAGUUAAUGCAGUGCACUGAAAAUGUUUCUACACUACAUGAGUUUGUUUAAACAAAAAAGGCAAAAAACAGCAUCUCAGGAGUAGAACUGACAACUAAUCCAUCGUGCCUUGAACAGUGAUGGGCACUCAAGUCAGGCAGCAGCUGCCUUAGUGUUGGCACUUUGAAUGAAAACAUUUACCACAGGUAACUCUUAAUUUAAAUGCAUUUUUCAUAUUUCUCCUUGUGUCUAAGUUGCUCCUGCUUAAGUUCCUGGUGCAGGAAAAUUUCAAAUAUCAGAUGUUCCAAUUAUAUCCUGCCCCAUCUCUCUCUGUAUUGUGCAGCAAACCCUAAAGAGUAGCUGGGCUCUCUUACCAUAGUGUCAGGAAACUGCUAUGACCUCUGUAAAUCCAUGUGGUGUCAUCAGUUUUAGGAUGUUUUUAAAUGUGGGUACUUAGUAAGCACUGACUGAGGCAGCAGAGUGCUGUCAGUAUUUUGUACAUGAGCUAAUACAUUAUCUGUUUGUUUCUACUGUAAUAAAUUUAUUAUUAUUCCUGUGUUGGAUGCCAGCAUUGUACUGCUCUUCCCCUGUUAAGAUACCAUGGGAUGAGGGUUACUGUGUUCUGUGGUAAGUGAAAACUCACAGGCUUUGAAGGUUAGGGGACAGAAUCAUAAAUGGCUCUGUAUAUUCAUGCACCACAUCCUUCCUGUCCUUAGUGAACUGGAAGAACUGGGCAGGAGGAGGUGAUGGAUCUACCUGUGGCAUGACUGCAGCUUUUUAAGUACUCAGGGCUUGUUGUCCCCCCUCAAAAAAAAAAAAACCCAAACAGCAUAUUCAGUAGAGUCUA